AUGGAUUUUGUUCACAUGGAUGCACCUUGUUUGGUUGUAACCCCUUCCUCACAUUCAAUAGAGGUGCGAUGCAGCCACCGGCAGAUUGGAAAUGGCCAAGAGGGGCAUGUGCUGGUUGGGCAGGAGCGUGCAGAUGCCGAAGUAGCAAGAUGUGUAGCGAGGAUGUGCAGGUCCGCCUUUACACCGUUGACUACUUUCACCAUUUUGCCAGCAGAUGCGGACGGCCCUUCAUGCGCUGAUGAUGUCUCUCUCGCCUUGAUUGGGGAAUCUUCAGCAGGUUUCCGUUUGCAGCCAAGGGGUGGCGGCGGUGGCGGGGACGAUGCCGUUGGUGUUUUUCGUUGUUUGCACAGCAACUCGGCGUACAUCCUUGCAGCCCGUCGGGUGAACGGGGUGAACGCAGUCAAUGGAACCUCGGAUCUAGCUAGCGCUCAGGAGCCUUCGCGUUCCAGUUUCGGAAGUUCAUGCGCGGCUGUCUCUGCGCCCGGCGCGAGCCGUUGGGAUGGCCGCUUCGUGUUGAUCAGUGCUCAUCGAAGCCACUGGGCUGGCCGGGUUGUUGAUGCUAAGCAGACUUCUUCUCUCCUUCAGCAUGCAAAAGUGAAGGUGGAGUGCAUUGCCAAUGGCAGCACUACUAUUCAGGAUGUGGAGGUAAGGCAGAUAGCAGCCGUGCUUCCUGAAGACGUGGUCCUCACCUUCAACACCAAGACGCUGCCACCCAUGGGACGAUUCUGCAAGGAAGAAGCCCAGCUCAUGCUCUUGCCACGGGACCCGCUGGGACCGUCUUUGCUGGCUUUGCCCGGGAAUUACGCCUUGACGGCGAGCUUGGAGCAUGGUUUCGUUGCGCGGCUGCUGGAGCAUGGUUUGUUUGUCUUGCCAGCACGUCAGAUCUUCAGCUGCCCCUUCCCAGAGACACCAUUUGUAUUCCUCCUGCAGGAGGGCAGUUGUGGCAGCGCCUCCUCCUGGGGCAGAAGCAAGAUGCUCAGGCGAUACAGGAACGAUUUUGAGCUUUCUUGCAACGAGGACUUUGCUGGUCACCUCCGUCUCUGUGGACAGUACCAUGAAGAGCGCGGUGGGACUUGGAUAAGUGAUGAGCUCAUUGAUGUGAUGGUGGCACUUGACCGAGAUCCGACAAACCGUAUCCGCAUGUAUUGCUUUGAGCUUUGGGACAAAUCUACAGGUGCUUUGGCAGCUGCAAGUUUCGGCCUUGCCAUAGGCACGUUCUUCCAUGACUUCAGCAUGUGCUGCUUGAUAAGGGACAAACGGGCCUGUGGCGCAGUCCUUACCAAGGCAAUCGGAGCCUUGCUCACCGAUUGCGGCGUGGACCUGUGGUAUUGGGGCCGCAAGAUGCAGUACAUGUCCGAAUACGAAGCACAUGGAGCGAAGGAAAUCGCCCGUGCAGAUUACUACUAUCGGUUGCGCAAAGACAUCAAUAAAGAGCUCUUCAUGGACCCAGCAGCUGCGAUCCUCGCUGGCAAGGCCUUGGUGCAGCAGAAGAAGUUGCUCUCCUGA